AAGGGAAACCUCUUCCCCUGCAGACUGUGGCUUUUCCUCUGAAUCCAGUUUUCCUAAUGAAGGAAUGGACCAAGGGGACAGGGACUACAGUCCUGACACCCAGUUUAUUGUGGGCCAAAGUGUCCAUCUGAGACCAAGCUCCUCCCACAGUCAUAAGGAUGACAAUGGCAGAGUUGUGUCUCUUGUGAGACAUAGCACCAGGGCCAUGCCAGACAUGGAUCAGCCAGGCCCCUACUUGUCUCAGCUGGAUCCCAGCCUGACUCCUGUGAGUCCAGCCUCUGGUACUGUCAAACAGAGUGGUUCUCCCCAGGAUGCUGAUGGCUUGAGGUCCAAUCCCAGGCACCCCACAAGUCCAGGACCCAGGUUACUCUCUGGGGAUUCAGCGCUGCUUGUCAAUGGAAACACCAGAACUCUUAGUCAUAUUAGUUUUCAACCGUGUCUCUGCAUCUGCAACAGAUGUAAAAAUUCCUUCACAGGAAUGGAAGGGCAGACAUUGUGCCGAAGAUGCAGCCAUACAUUUAAGAGUCAGGACAACCGAAACAUUACCUUCAGAAAGUGGCUUCCAUGUGGUCAGUGUCGGGCCUGUCAGGUUACACAGGAUUGUGGGUCAUGUGCCAGCUGCAGAAACGGUCGACUCAAUCCCGAGUCUCGCAAACCUGUCAGGUGUCGCAAAAGAAAGUGUUUAUGCCCUAUUCGUAAGAACAGAGCUGAUGACUUGCCUCUUGUGACACAAGUCAAUAUCUUGAAUUCCAUUCCCCAGUGUAGCGAUUCAGAAGAUUUCUCAGUGCAGUUUGAUGAUGAUGACGAUGAUGAUGGCGAUGACGAUGAUGAUGAGGGGGGACCAAAGAAACGCAGUCGGCGUUCCUGUGGGACAUGCGAAGCCUGCGUUUGCACAAAAGACUGUGGGACCUGUGAUUUCUGCAUGGACAAACCCAAAUUCGGGGGCAGCAAUAGGAAGAGACAGAAGUGCCGUCUGAGGCAGUGCCAAAGAGAAGCCAUGAGACACUUGUUGCCCUUUGAGUUGGGACAGUCUGAGGUCCUGACACACGAGGUCUUGGAGCUCAGUAAACCCAGGUCAUAUUACCUGUACACUCGCAAGGGCAGCCCACACAGCAGCAAAGGCAAGUUGGACUUUGAAUUUUCAGACAACGAGGCUGACCAUGAAAUGAGAAGCAAGGGCUCUCUUGUUGGACUUCGGAGGCAGGAAGAGGACAGGCUUCGCAACUCAAGUUUCAAUGGACAGAUAAGUAAGCGAGUGGAUGCAGGGAGAAUGGGACUUAUCAAAGAAAAGUAUCUACCAGGAAGAGGACCUGAAACCAGUACUCCUCCUCUAUUAGAAGCAGAUAUUCGGUAUAAGGGGAGUGAUGCUUCCCUGUUGCCACAGAAUUUAGCAUAUCAAUCAGAACAUGCUGAACAGAGGUCAAAAGGAAGUUCUGAGUCAGUCCAAUGGACCAGAGAGACUGAGGUAUACACAGGAGAGCAGCAUGAAGAGGGCACCACACCAAUGAUCACUCAGAUAUUCAGCCUGGCAGACGAUGCUGCUGCGGUGAACGGCAUCGACUUGAACCAUGAGCUGCUGCAGCUGCUGGAGUCUCUUCGUAGCGCAGUGUUACCAGUCCUUUGGUUCAGUAUCAUGGUGGAAGGCCCACGGCUACAGCUGCUGCAGUGCUCCAAGCUUUCCACCAUGGCAGACACUGUGCUUCAGAUUGAGCCCAGCUUCUGCUACCACAUCAGCGUACAGGGCCAGCCUCUCCUGCCAACACACCCACUGUAUGAACGUCAUCCCCGACGCCUAACCUCUGUGGCACAGGUGGUCGCUCUCCUCCUGGAGCUGGAGAAAUACGCCGUUUGCCAGGGCUUUGCACCCAGAGAACCUGUCCAGGGCCAGGACCCUCUGGUCUAUGAGAGAGCAGCUACUUGUGAUUUCCUGGUGCCGCAGAAGGCAGAACGCUGUGCUAGUUGUAUGCAUCCGUCGCAAAGGCAUUGAGUAACCAGGCAGAGUGGAAUAGAAAUCAAAUUGUAGUUUUAUGGAUUCCACAGACUGACAGCUGAGGAACCCUUCGAAGAAUUCUUUAUUAUGGAUUUCUCUUGGUUAAAUAUAAUCCCUGUAUUUAGCGUUCCUUUAUGUAUUUUACAUUGGCAAUGUUAUCUGUGAUUGGGGCCGUUCGCCAUGGCCACUGUUCUGAGGUUUACUAAGCUGAUAUUUUUUUAAUACUGUUA